UGGCACAGCACUGUGGUUGGGUGCACAGUUCUUCCCAAACACUCCUUUAUUACAUCCAUCGGAACUGUGCCGGCCUGCCAGAAUCUACCUUCCGUACCAAACAUAAAUAAACAAAAGUUCUGGCGUUCUGUCUUCUAGCUGUUUGGGUACAAGUUUUAAUAGAUCUUUCAGACUGAAGAAAUGGCGAUGAGACAGACUCCUCUCACAUGCUCCGGCCACACCAGGCCUGUUGUGGAUCUAGCCUUCAGUGGAAUCACCCCCUAUGGCUAUUUCCUCAUCAGUGCUUGUAAAGAUGGCAAGCCAAUGUUGCGCCAGGGAGACACAGGGGACUGGAUUGGGACGUUCUUGGGUCACAAAGGUGCUGUUUGGGGUGCCACCCUAAAUAAAGAAGCCACCAAGGCAGCUACUGCUGCAGCUGAUUUCUCAGCAAAGGUGUGGGAUGCAGUCACUGGAGACGAGGUCCUUACUUUGGCGCAUAAGCACAUUGUCAAGAGUGUUGACUUCACACAGGACAGCAACUACCUUUUGACAGGAGGAAAUGAUAAAGUACUUCGCAUAUAUGACCUCAGCAAACCUGACGCAGAGCCCCAAGAGAUUUCGGGCCACACGUCAGCCAUUAAGAAAGCUCUGUGGUGCAGCAGUGACCAGCAGAUUCUUUCUGCUGCAGAUGAUAAAACUAUACGCCUCUGGGAUAGAAAUACAGAAGAAGCAGUAAAGACUCUCUCGUUUGAGGCAUGUGUGAGUAGCAUGGAAUACAUUCCUGAAGGCGAGAUUCUUGUCGUCACCUACGGAAGGACAAUUGCUUUUUACAAGGCUGACACUCUGGACCUGAUUAAGACAGUGGAUGCUCCAGCCUCCCUUCACUCUGCAUCACUGCACCCUGACAAGGACUUUUUCGUAGCAGGAGGAGAUGACUUUAAGCUUUACAAAUAUGACUACACCACCAAGGAGGAAAUGGAAUCCUACAAGGGUCAUUUUGGGCCUGUGCACUGUGUGCGCUUUAGUCCUGAUGGAGAGCUGUAUGCCAGCGGCUCUGAGGACGGCACGCUCCGCCUAUGGCAGACUGCUGUAGGAAAAACGUAUGGCCUGUGGAAGUGUGUGCUUCCUGAGGAGUUGUCAUCUGAGAACUCAGACACAUUAUACUGCCCUCCAGCUGAAAUCAAGGCUUGAUGUGGGAAGGAAGAGGAAGGAGGUGAAGAGAGAGGUCCAGAAUGGGCCAGGGACCCUACAGAGUGCUGUGCCACCCCAAAUUCCAUCACACAGAAUGACCUGGGGAGCUAAGCUUAACUUAAGCUGUGUAGAAAAUCCAACAGUGGAUAAAAUAAGGAAGCAUCUGGAGGUAGUAGUAGAGAUGGAAGUGCUAAUGACUUCCAGCUGCCUAUUCUCUCUUUGAUGUUAAACUUCAUCCCGCUUCUCCAAAAUGGUCUGUUUCUACAGCACUGUGAUCACUUUGGUUACAUUUGUUUCUUUAUCAUUUUUUGGACUUGUAAUUUGUGCUUUUAAAUGAAAGGUGUUUGUUUCAUUAAAGAGAAUAUGGUUGUUCAUUAUCAGUUUGAUAAUGUCUCAGUGGAAGUGAUCCUGAGGACGGCUCUUGUCAAUUUAUUCACAAUGGUGUCAUGAUGUGAUAUUAUCUACCCCUGAGUAACUGGAUAUUGGGGUGUUUUGAACUGUAAAAUUAAAGCUUAAAAGUGAAUUAUGUUCUUAACUAUUGUCUUUGGUUGCAACAUAACAGUAUCAUUUGAUGAAUAAAAUGUUGGUAACAUG